ACGGACCGCCCUGAGCGGACACGUCACCGCCGUCACGCAGACUGGGAAGCGACUGACAGUUUGUCCGACCACUGCGGAGGUUUGUUGAUACCCGUAGCUCGCGGCUGAACUUUGCCUCAUUGGCCCGUGUUAGUUAAACUUCGCCUCGGUGGAUAUGUGCCAUGUCCUUCAACGUGUCGCCCGCUUCGCUGCCUUGCUGGAGUUGAGGUGUUUACAAGAAUCAGUGUAAAGUUACAUCAAGGUGAACUGCCGCUUGUGCUUUGCACGAUGCUCGCGGAGCUGAGAGGACUUCUGUUGUAAAGUUGCCUAAAAGCAACCUGUACCUGCAGAGACCGUUACCUUUACUCCUGGCCCUGUGGGUCUGAACAACAACACCACCACCAUGACAGGUGACAUGGUGGUCUGGAGGGGUCUGACCUGGGUGAAGCAGGCGGCCAGCAGAGCCCCACCCGGCGGCCUGCACGGCACCGGGAACCAGAGGCUGGUAAACUUCCAUCACGCCACCGGAUCAGCAAGGGGGACGUUUAACAGACAGCAAGAAGUCUGUGUCCACAGAGCCACAGCAGCACAGUUUCACAGACACUUGACAGCGGGGGCUUGCUUCAGUAACUGUUUCAUUGGACGUGUUAAUAACGGACAGGGGACCUGCAGUGGAAGACUGAGCGCUAAACGUCUAAAGUACCACAGGGACUGGUCACAACGACUGUUUUCUGGACAUACAAGGUUAUUUAACCAGGACAACUCCACAGUGGGGCGGCUGACAACAGAGGACAUUGAUAAAGCAAGAAACGCCAAGAAAACAGAAUUCAAGCAACAUAAGCAAGUGCUCAGUGAUAAAGCCAGAGAGAGGAAGGUUCCCGUCACACGAAUAGGAAGGCUGGUGAAUUUUGGAGGUUUGGCAGUUGGACUCGGCAUUGGGGCGAUCGCUGAAGUGGCCAAGAAGACUUUUAAACCCCAACAACAAGGUGGGAAAAAAAAAUCCAUACUGGACUCGAGUGCUUUCCUCUCUGAGGCCAACGCUGAAAGAAUUGUUCGGACGCUCUGCAAAGUCCGAGGUGCUGCUCUAAAACUUGGACAGAUGCUCAGUAUUCAAGAUGACGCCUUUAUUAACCCUCAGUUGGCCAAAAUCUUCGAGCGUGUUCGACAGAGUGCAGACUUCAUGCCCUCUAAACAGAUGAUGAAAGCCAUCUGCAGUGACCUCGGCCCAAACUGGAGAGACAAGCUUGAGUACUUUGAGGAAAAGCCGUUUGCAGCAGCAUCUAUCGGUCAGGUGCAUUUGGCGAGACUGAAGGACGGCAGAGAGGUAGCCAUGAAAAUUCAGUACCCUGGAGUUGCCAAAAGUAUCGACAGCGAUGUGAAUAAUAUCAUGACUGCUCUGAGUUUAAGCAACGCUCUGCCUGAAGGUCUGUUUCCUGAGCACCUCAUUGAGGUUAUGAGCCGUGAGCUGGCGCUGGAGUGUGAUUACAUAAGAGAGGCGAAAUGUGCCAAAAAGUUCCAAGAGCUGCUGAAAGAUCACCCGUUCUUCUAUGUUCCUGAUGUGAUUGACGAGCUGAGCAGCCCGCAUGUCCUCACUACAACGCUGGUGCCCGGUUUCCCUCUGGACCAGGCCACUGACCUCUCUCAGGAGCUCAGGAAUGAGAUUUGUGAGCAGAUCUUGAUAUUAUGCUUGAGAGAGCUUUUUGAGUUCAGAUACAUGCAGACUGAUCCAAAUUGGUCGAACUUCUUCUUUGAUCCACAAGCUCACAAGGUUGCACUGUUGGAUUUUGGAGCUACACGGGGAUUUGAUAAGAGUUUCACUGACACCUACAUUGAGAUUAUUAAUGCAGCUGCAAAUCGUAACAGAGAAGGUGUCCUGCAGAAAUCCAGAGAGAUGAGGUUCCUCACAGGAUACGAGUCAAAGGCUAUGGAGAACGCCCAUGUGGACGCAGUGAUGAUCCUCGGGGAGGCCUUCUCCUCUGAGGAGCCCUUUGACUUUGGAGCUCAGAGCACCACCGAGCGCAUCCACAGCCUCAUCCCUGUGAUGCUGAGGGAGCGACUCACACCGCCUCCUGAGGAGACGUACUCCCUCCACCGCAAGAUGGGCGGCUCUUUCCUCAUCUGCUCCAAACUCAAAGCCCAAAUACCCUGCAAGAACAUGUUCCAGGAUGCCUACAACAACUACUGGAAAGGGGGACGCCCCGAGGUGACAAACUGAAGCUGAAGAUGUUUUCAAAAAGGCUUGUUGAAACCAGGAUUUUCUUGCCAUGUUUGUGGUAUGUUGGACAAUUUAACUCACACAUUCUUACCUGUGAGAAUAUGUAUGUGCCGCCUGGGCCAGAUCAUGUCCAGAUGUUACAAAGUUUUGGGGGGGGUUCUGUGGCCUGCUCUUCUGACUCAAGUAAACUGAUAUGACAACAUAAAAAAUCUGAAUAGUGCCUAUUAAGAACAAGUUCAUAUCUGUGUGCUUCUUAUUGCGUCGCUCAUUUUGACUAUGACUCCCAUCCAGACUAAGAUGAACAAAGGAAUGUGUUAUGAUUAUUUGCACGUAUUGUUUGAAUGAAUUUGUUGUGCAACUGUACAACCUAGUAAUUAUGUGUCUUUAUGGUUUGAGGAACUGUAUUUCCGUCUGACCAGGAUUUGUCAGUUGAAAUAAAUUGACAAUGAUGUUGCAAAAACAAA